AUGCGUUUCCUCGUCAAUUUUCUAGCCCUUGCUGGGCUGGCAAUCGGAAAUCCCGUUAACCUCCUCGAGAGAUCCGCUCCGCCUCAGGUCAAAUAUAUCGACGCCAAAGAAAUGACCAACCGAAUGCAUCUGAAGCAUCCGACUCACCUAAUCGGCCAGUCUCUUAACCCUGUCGAAGUGAAGAGAAUGGUGUUGUCUCACGCUGGCACGGCAGAUACACUCUACCUCCGUAACCACAAUACCUUUAUCCCAAUGACCAGCUUCCGGAACGGACCGACCUCAGACGGAGAGACUACUGCAGACAAGCACUGCUUUAUGUGGGACGAGUGGGAGAUUCGCGACAUCAAGUCGUACUGGAGUCCGUAUACGGCAGCCUCAAAGAUGCAGCAUGUUGGUAUCCUCGGCGAACGCGAGUCUGUGACGAUCCCCUGGGAGGAGAAAUUUAUCGCCAAGAGGAGAAUCAGUCUUACUCCCGACUGGAGACCCAUCAAACAUGUGUUGACCAUUGCACUGGGUUUCGACACAACAGACGAAUAUACCAAUAAGGGGACUUUUCACUGCACGACCGCUCCAAAUCGUAGGAUUCGUCUUUGGUUCCGGAAAUAUGUUGGAUCAGCAUAUGCGUUCAAGAAGAUAUGCAGAGGCUGUGGUAAUGAAAAGCCAGUAUGCGAAGAAACGUGGACGCCGCAGGGCCAAAUUAUCAUUCCAUCUGAUGGCUCCAAUAAGGACAUUAAUUACAACAUGCACUGUAGCUCCGAUUAG